AUGCACUUAUCUUUGCUAGUUUCAGGGCUUGUCGCCACUGCCUCUGCUGUCGCCAUCAGAAAAACGGAUGGUAAUGGCUCGUUCCAAAAGAAAUGUGAACAAUUCUCCCACAAGAUCAAGGUCCACGACGCAACCAUUCAUGGCGUUACAUACGUAGCGGCUGGGACCAACAUUUCCAUGGAAAAUAUCCCUUCCACCUGUGCAGGCAACGCUUACGGCAAUAAGACUCCCUUUGACUUCUGUCGAGUGUCUCUCAAUGUGACGACUUCGCCGAAGAGUCAGAUUUACAUGGAGGCUUGGCUGCCCAGCAACUACUCUGGACGGUUUCUGAGUACAGGAAAUGGUGGAAUAGGUGGAUGCCUCCAGUAUUCGGACAUGUUCUAUACGACACAAUACGGCUUUGCUACUGUCGCCACCAACAAUGGUCAUUUUGGUGAUACUGGUGUCUCUUUUUAUCGCAACAACGAAACCGUCGCCGACUAUGCCUACCGCGCCAUGCACACCUGUGUUGUUGUCGGCAAGGAGAUCACGAAACAGUUCUACAGCCGGGGCUAUGACAAAUCCUAUUAUAUGGGCUGCUCAACUGGAGGCCGGCAAGGGUGGAAAGCUGUGCAGAAAUUCCCUGAUGACUUUGACGGGGUGCUCGCGGGAUCGCCUGCAUUCAACCAAAUCAAUUUGAUCAACUGGGGGGCUCGCUUCCUCACAAUCACGGGCAAUUCAAGUGCGGCAAGUUUCGUGACUGGUGCACAGUGGGCCACGGUCCAUGAGGAGAUUCUUCGGCAGUGUGAUGAUCUCGAUGGCGCCGCGGACGGAUUGAUCGAAGACCCCGAUCUCUGCCAUCCUGUCUUCGAGACAUUGCUUUGCAACUCGACGACCCAUGGCGGGUCGAGCUCCUGCCUGACUGGCACCCAGUUAGAGACUGUCAACAGGGUCUUCAGUCCCUUGUAUGGUGACAAUGAUACGCUCUUGUAUCCGCGGAUGCAACCUGGCUCGGAGAUUCCUGCCUCCUUCAUCUACUAUAAUGGCAGGUCAUUCAGCUACGCCACGGACUGGUUCCGCUACGUUGUCUACAGCGAUCCAUCAUGGGACCCUACCUCAUGGACCAUUCACGAUGCUCUCGUUGCAGACGCACAGGACCCAUUCAAUCUCUCCACGUUCCAGGGCGACAUCUCCGCGUUCCAAAAGAAGAAGGGCAAGGUCCUUCAUUACCACGGGAUGGAAGAUCCCAUCAUCACCUCGGACAGCUCAAAAAUGUACUACAAGCACGUCGCCGAUACAAUGAGCCGCAGCCCUACUGAGCUGGAUGAUUUCUAUCGCUUCUUCCCCAUUAGCGGCAUGAGUCACUGCAGUACAGGGGAAGGGGCCGGGUCCAUCGGUCAGGGUAUGGGCACGUUUGCAGGGAACAACCCCGAGGACAAUGUUCUACUCGCGAUGGUGCAAUGGGUUGAGAAAGGUAUUGCACCAGAGUAUGUGCGAGGCACAAAGUUCAAUGGCACGGCGGUGGAUUAUCGUCGUAAGCACUGCAAGUACCCUAAGCGCAAUAAGCAUGUUGGUCCGGGGCCGUACGAAGAUGAAAACUCCUGGAAAUGUGUUUAG